AUGGGCUUUGCAAUUUUCCGAACGUCCGGACCUGCCCUAUGGUCCCCGAACACAGCAGCGGCUGGAUGCCACCCUGUGUAUGGGAUGGACGAUGUCCUUGUAAUCCUGAAGACGGGAGCCACCGUGGCCCUGGACAAGGUCCCUAUGCAUGUUCAAACCACCCUUCGAUGCGUCCCCCACUAUGCGGUAUUUUCGGACUUCGAGGAAGAUAUUCAAGAUGUACACACACUCGACGUCCUACGCAGCGUGAGCAACCAUACAAAAGGCCGCAGUCCUGAUUUUGGCCUCUACAACCGGCUGCACGCCCUCGGACGCCUGGGACUUCUAGCGGAAGACUGGAACGACGACGACAACGGCCCAUUUGGAAAACCGGGGAACCCCAGCUGGAAGCUCGACAAAUGGAAGUUCGUCCCCAUGUUGGACGAAGCGCUGCGCAUCCGACCCGAUGCUCGAUGGUAUGUAUUCAUCGAGGCCGAUUCGUACAUCAUCUGGCCAAACCUGAUGGCGUGGCUGUCCGGACUCAAUCACACGCAUCCGCAGUACCUUGGGGCGCCCAUGCAGAGCGGCGAAGUCUUUUUCGCCUACGGGGGCUCGGGCAUCGUGUUGUCCAACCCGGCCGUCCGACGAGUCUCCAAAUACCGCGCUGAGAACCCCGUAGAGCUGGAGGAGCUUACAGCCCGUCAUUGGGCUGGAGAUUGCGUACUGGGAGAAGUCAUCCAAGCGGUCCACAUCCCGUUCAUCUGGUCAUGGCCUAUGCUCCAAGGUGCUCGGGUAUGGGAAGCUGAUCUUUUCACCGAGCGAUAUGGUCGAAAGCCUUGGUGCUAUCCCGCUGUCUCUUACCACCACAUGUCGCAGGAGGACAUCCAGAAUAUGUGGGAUUUUGAGAGACAAUGGUUCGCUACGAACCAAGAUAGCAAGUUGCCGCUCUUGCACAAAGACACAGAUUGGGACAAUCUCUCAGCUGACAACGCUGACGACUCGAACGACAACAACGCAAUUACGACGUAUGGAGAUUGUGCACAGCAGUGUGCCCGUAACGCUGGGUGUCUACAGUUUUCGUUUGGAGAUGCUGCGUGUUUCACCUCCAGCACAGUCAUAUGGGGCACAGAACGACCGGGCUACCGUUCCGGAUGGAUGGAUUCGCACAUCCAAGCCACCUUGGAGCACCUCGACUGUCCCGAAGCAAACUAUAUUAUCGAGUGA